UCUGCCCGGACACUGAUGGCGUGCUGGCAGGUCUCACCCCCCAUUGGGUGGGGCGAUCCCGGACAACCAAUCAGCGCCGCCGAGGGCACUGGUUAUAAAGUCCACGCAACCGCAGGACUCAAUUACGGAUCCCAGAUGGGGGCCACAGUGCCCCACACGCUGCUCCUGCUGCUGGCGGCUGCCCUGGCCCCGACCCAGACACAUGCGGGCUCACAUUCCCUGCGGUAUUUCAAAACCGCGGUGUCCCGGCCCGGCCUCGGGGAGCCCCGGUACAUCACUGUCGGCUACGUGGACAACACGCAGUUCGUACGCUUCGACAGCGAUGCGGAGAAUCCGAGAUACGAGCCGCGCGUGCCGUGGAUAGAGCAGGAGGGGCCGGAGUAUUGGGAGCAGAACACACAGAAAUCCAAGAACAAAGAGCAGAUUUACCGAGUGAGCCUUAGGAACACGCUGCGCUACUACAACCAAAGCGAGGGCGGCUCUCACACAAUCCAGCACGUGUCUGGCUGUGACGUGGGGUCGGACGGGCGACUCCUCCGAGGGUACAUGCAGUACGCCUACGACGGCCGGGAUUACAUCUCCCUGAACGAAGACCUGGAAACGUGGACGGCGGCGGACAUGGCGGCGCAGAUCACAAAACGCAAGUGGGAGCAGACUGGUUUUGCAGAGAGACAGAGGGCCUACCUGGAGGGCACGUGCGUGGAGUGGCUUCGCAAAUACCUGAAGCUCGGGAAGGAGACGCUGCUGCGCACAGAUCCCCCAAAGGCACAUGUGACCCAUCAUCCCAGAGCUGAAAGUGAUGUCACCCUGAGGUGCUGGGCCCUGGGCUUCUACCCUGCUGACAUCACCCUGACCUGGCAGUUGAAUGGGGAGGACCUGACCCAGGACAUGGAGCUUGUGCAGACCAGGCCUUCAGGGGAUGGAACCUUCCAGAAGUGGGCAUCUGUGGUGGUGCCUCUUGGGAAGGAGCAGAAUUACACAUGCCAUGUGCAACAUGAGGGGCUGUCUCAGCCUCUCACCCUGAGAUGGGAGCCUCCUCCAUCCACUGAAUCUAACAUGGUGAUCAUUGCUGUUCUGGGUGUCCUUGGUUCUGUGGCCAUCAUUGCAGCUGUGGUGGCUUUUGUGAUGAAGAGGAGUAGAAACACAGGUGGAAAAGGAGGGAACUAUGCUCCAGCUCCAGCAUGAAGACAGCAGCCUGGAGUGGACUGAGUGACAGAGGAUGUGUUCAGGUCUCUCCUGUGAUGUCGAGAGCCCUCAGUUCUCUUUAGACAACACUGUCUGAUGUUCCCUGUGAGCCUGUGGGCUCAAUAUGAAGAACUGUGGAGCCCAGUCUACCCUUGCACACCAGGACCCUGUCCCUGUACUGCCUGUGUUCCUUUCCACAGCCAACCUUCCUGGUCCAGCCUGGCAGGGGAUGGGAAAUAUCCUGUUAGCUCCAUGGUGCCCGAGCUACUACUUCUCACUUCCACGCUGAAAAUAAGAAUCUGAAUGUGAACUCCUUGACCUGACCAGUUCAGUGGUGGGUUAAUUAAGGGACUGAGGAUACUCAAGAGUAUUGUGGAGGAAAUAAAUGGUAGCAUGGAGAACCUUCCAGAA